AUGCUCCACAUAAUAAAAGCCAUCUGCAAAUCGCGGUGGGCGGUUGACCUUGUCAAAGGCCAUGGCGCAGACGCGGUCUUCACCUUCCCUUCAAGCCUCAACGCGACGCAACUCGGCGGCGCCUGGCACAUUACUCUCCGGGAGCUGAUGAUGUUCUGGGUCCUUGAUGAAAUCACGGACAAGAAAGAUUGGGAGACGAAAAUGUUCAAUGACGAGAUCGUUUCCAACUGGAAGGAAGAUUGCUGGCGCCUAUUUGUCGCUUACUGGGCGCAACAAGAGGGGCUCGGUGAGCUCACCGACCGCUCCUGGCAGUGGGUGAUGCAUGAGUUACGAUACAGGGCAAAGCAACGUGGCGAGCAUGGAAAACAUGCACCAAUCCCGGUCUUCGAAACUGACGUAGUCGAGUCGGAUUAUGCCGUUCCUGUGUCGUUGAAGGAAGCUCUGAGGGCAGCUGUUUCCGUGCUGGAGAAUGUCCCCGAGGCAGGAAAGGAUUAUCAUCCUUGGGCAAACGAGCAGGUCCUUGAUCUUAUUCAUCCUUCUCUUUUCCUGCUUGUCUUUCGGCUAUCGCGCGUAAUGGUAGACGUACAACUCUCGGUCUCUCAGGGCAUAACUUUAGCAGGGAAAGGGGAGGUCAUUAACCACGUGAGGGACAAUUAG